AUGGCGGAGUUAAAUACGGAACGACCUCUCUCAGAGGAGGCCUCCUCUCCGGUCGCCGAUACGAAAACUACCGAUAGGAAACCGAAGGUCUCCAAGAUCGAUGCCAACGCGGACCCGAAGGCGCCAAAGCGAACCCUCUUCGUUCGAUCUUUACCUCUCUCGGCCACUACUGAGAGCUUGGCUGAACACUUCUCCCAAUCAUACGUGAUCAAGCAUGCCACUGUUAUCACUGACCCGCAGACCAAGAAGUCGAAAGGUUUUGGUUUCGUGACAUUCGCCGAUCUCGAGGACGCCGAAAGUGCCUUGAAAGAGUUGAACGGAUCCGACUUUGGUGGAAAAAAGAUUCGAGUCGACUACGCCCAGGCACGUCACCGUGAAAUCGACGAAAAACUCGGCAAGAGCAUUCCGUCCGCUGCUGCUAUCAAGUCGAAGCAAGACCGAGAAGAUGAAAGAGCGCAGAACCAGCCUCCGAAAUUGAUCGUACGAAAUCUGCCUUGGAGCAUCAAAGAGCCGAGUGACUUGGCCCUCCUUUUCCGUAGUUUCGGAAAGGUCAAGUUUGCGACUCUCCCCAAGCGCGGAACUACACUUGCUGGUUUCGGUUUCGUUGUUAUCCGUGGUAAAAAGAACGCUGAGAAGGCCCUUGCGACAGUGAACGGCAAGGAAGUGGAUGGUCGAACUUUGGCUGUCGAUUGGGCCGUCGAGAAGGAAGAAUGGGAAAACACAAAACAGGAAGAGGAGAAGAAGGAGGAGGAUGAGGAGGAGAAAGAAGAGGAAUCUGGUGAUGCCGAUGUGAAGAACGAUGAGGAAAUUUCCGUAGAUGCCUCCGGAGACGAAGAUUCCUCCAAUGAGGAUGACGAUGAGGAUGACCUUGAAGAUCUGGAGGACGAAGAUGUGGAAAUGGGAGAUGACGAUGAAGAAGAGAAGGAAGACGACCGCAAUGCUUCUACCAUUUUCCUGCGCAACCUGCCCUUCACUUGUGACGACGAGGCACUCUACGAGCACUUCAAACAAUUCGGAAAUUUAAGAUAUGCUCGAAUUGUGGUAGACCACGAGACAGAGCGGCCUCGUGGAACUGGAUUCGUUUGUUUCUGGAAGGCGGAAGAUGCAGCAAACUGUGUACGCGGUGCUCCCCGAACCCACGAGCCCCAGCCCGACCCCAAAGAACGCAAGAACCCAGCAAUGAAGCACUCUGUCCUGCAAAACGAAAACUCGGACCCAACUGGACGAUACACAUUGGACGGACGUGUGUUGCAGGUUGCCCGUGCUGUGAACAAGCGGGAAGCUACACGAUUGGAGGAAGAAGGUGUGUCACACCGUCUUGUGCGUGACAAGGAUAAGAGACGUCUUUACCUUCUGUCGGAGGGUACCAUCUCCAAGGAUUCUCCCCUGUACAAGAAAUUAUCUCCUUCGGAGAUCAAGUUGCGCGAGGAGAGCUACAAGCAGCGAGAGGGUUUCAUCAAGAAGAACCCUGCACUUCAUCUCAGUCUUUGCCGUCUUUCUAUCCGUAACAUUCCCCGACACAUCACAUCAAAGGACUUGAAGCAGCUUGCUCGUGAAGCUGUUGUUGGAUUCGCUACCGAAGUCAAGAAGGAACUGCGUCAACCCUUGUCCAAGGAGGAGGUUCUUCGAUCCGCCGAUACCAUGAAGGAACUGGAGCAGUUGAGAAAGACAAAGCAAGUUGGUAUUGUACGACAAGCCAUGAUUGUCUACGAAACCCGUGAGGGUACCAAGGUCCCAGAGAAGGGCGGUGGUGGUCGUAGCCGUGGUUACGGUUUCAUCGAGUACUAUACUCAUCGUCAUGCUCUUAUGGGUCUGCGAUGGCUCAACUGUCACCCUAUUGAGAUUCCUGUCAGCGCUCAAACAGAUGGUGAGAAGGACAAGAAGAAGCGAUUGGUGGUUGAGUUCGCCAUUGAGAACGCUCAGGUCAUUAAGCGCCGCCAGGAAUUGCAAGAGAAGAAGGAGAAGGAGAAGGAGGAGAAAUUGAAGCAAAAGGAAGAGAAGGAGAAUGAGGCGAAGGGUGAAAAGAGGAAGCGUCCUGAGUCUGGAGCCAAGGACGACGCUGAGGAGGCAGAGGAGGAGAACAAGCUUGCGAAGCGCAACCGCAUUAUUGCUAAAAAGCGAGCACAGCGCAAGGGUCGCCGGGGUUAA